AUGGCUCCUGUCCGUCACGACAUCUCCCGCACCUCCUCUAUCGCCAGUAUGUCUUCUGACGACAUCCCAAAUAUCGACGUAGAGGGUCUUUGCGGUAGCGCGAAGCGCACACGCAAGCGAUUCACGAAUCUGCAACUCAUGAUGCUCGAACAACUCUUUCAUCGCACUUCCCAUCCCACCCGCGAUGAACGUGAAGCCCUCGCGGCUGAAGUUGGCAUGGAGUCCAAAUCCGUGACCAUCUGGUUUCAAAACCGACGCCAGACAGAGCGCCGAGCGACUCUGCAUAACGCGACGAGUAGUGCGAACGCCGCACGGGUGCCAGUGCCCACCUCUUCCGUCCCUUUCCCGAUUCAAACACCCUCCACAACACGUCGGCGCGUUUCUUCUAUUCCUAGCUCCUCGUCAUCGUAUUUCGCGCCUGAAACGCCAUUCAACCGGAGACCAAGCCUUGACCAUGUUGCAUCGCGCUCCGAACUUCGUACCGCGCCCCCACGCACACCAUCUCGGAGACACGACCCAUCCAAGUCGCUCUGGGACAACAUGCCUUCUUCCCCCCUCGCGCCGCCUAGUCCACCUGCAAGGGAGUACGUCGAGUUUGGCAAAAACAAAAGAACGCGUACGCUAGAAUGGGCAUGUGCCGCGGCAAGGUUAGCAGACAAGGAGAAGGGCCGUGCAAAAAUGUCGAAGGUGGAGGAUGGAGACGAGACGGAAGAAGAGGAUCCACAAGAGGCAAUUACUCCCAUGGGCAGUCUAACAGGAAUCGACCCCUCAUGGGAAAAAAAGAAGGAAAGUCAAAAUCAAGACGCGACGGUGAACGACGAUGUUAUGACGGCUGCCUUGGUUCUAUGCGGUUUAGGACGACGACCUACAUAAAGAUUAUGGUGUAGUAUGGCGGAUGUAUGCAGAUAAUGUACAUGGAUCUAUGUAUUGUAAGCUGAGCAGUCUCAACAAGGAUCGACCAAUGAUGCAAGAUGGACGGAUGGAUGCAACCAAGUUCCAAACGUAGCGCUAUCUAGGGGCAUUAUGAUCGUACCCACCCAAUCUCAAAUAACUUAUACCCACCCUCGUCCGCUCUUCCUAUCCCACCCUGACGCUCGAGGCGCUGCUGAUGCAGCACAGCCAACUCCCACUCUGACGACAUCGUCAACCUAACAUCCUGGGCGCUUGGAAAGACAUCAUUCACCGUGUCGGCCACGCCCUCAUGCCGCCCACUCGCUCUCAAAGCGACUAUAAGCCAGAAUACACCGCCAAUAGCACCCGUCGCAGUAGGCUUCGCAAGUAGACUGUAAACGCACGCCUUGAUCCACGCCGCGUGCGAUGGGUGAUAAACGACAUCCGCUGCAAGGAUAAUAUCAAAC